AUAUAAUGCUUAAGGCAAUGUGUAAACUAGUAUAUAUAAUGCCCAGCAGCGAGGGGCUUCUGUGGUACCGUACUACCGUCACAUCCAGAAACAGCACAGUCUAAUUAACUGAGUUGGUUUGUGCUUGUGCACGCUGAUCUGGUAACAUAGUCACAAAAGGAUUAAACGCUCAGUCAGGAGGACAUUCAUCAAUUAGACGGAAUUCUCUUUCCAUAGCCCAGCAGCAACACCUCUAACACCACGCGCGUAUUUGUCUGAUCAAGAAUAUCCAAUCACAAGCUAUCCCAAGUAUUCACGUAUUUUAAUGGCGUCACGUGAAUUUCCCCUUCCGGACUUUUAACCUGGAAUCGGAAGUCUUCUUUGUUGUUAUGUUUUGGAGGCGGUGUCUGGGAAAGGAAACGGCAGAGAAAUGGAUAGUGAAUUUUCUUCUGACCCUGAACUUGCCAGCAUGGCAGAAGCUGAAAAUGGGGAGAAUGCCCCUGUGUACUGCAUCUGCCGCAAGCCAGAUAUCAACUGCUUCAUGAUUGGUUGUGAUCAUUGUAAUGAGUGGUUCCAUGGACACUGCAUCAAUAUCACAGAGAAGAUGGCAAAGGCUAUUCGAGAAUGGUACUGUCAGCAAUGCCGAGAGAAAAACCACAGCCUGGAGAUCAAAUACCGACACAAGAAGUCCAGGGAAAGGGAGCGGGAGCCAGAGAGAGAGAAGGAAGAGAGAGAGGAAAGAGCAAAGACAGAGAAGAGGAAGAACAGCAACAGUAGCAAACAACAGAUUAAACGCUCAGCCCGAAUGUGUGGGGAGUGUGAAUCCUGUAGCAGAACUGAGGACUGUGGCCAGUGUGACUUUUGCAGAGACAUGAAAAAGUUUGGGGGUCCCAACAAAAUACGACAGAAGUGCCGGCUCCGACAGUGUCAAGUGAGAGCAAGGAAAAUGCUUAGAGUCAGAGAUGAUGAUCCAACAAGAUAUAGGGACACUCCAGAACCAGUAAGCCUUGCUGGGUCUCUGUCUGAUGAAGACUUGCCGCUGGACCCAGAGUUGUAUCAAGAGCUAUGUGCAGGAGGUGCAUUUGAUGAACACAACCUGCCCUGGCUUAGUGAUACAGAUGACACACCAUUUCUGGACUCUGUUUUGAGAAAGAGAGCCGUCAAGGUCAAGCAUGUGAAGAGACGUGAAAAAAAGUCUGAAAAAAAGUUCAAUCCAGGCUGUCUAAGACACAGUACAAUCUGCUAUAGAUUACUUCACAAGGAUGGCCAUGUAAAUAUGCAAUGCUCUGUAACAGCUCGGCCGUGCAGCUUAGGCACAUCACCCUAUUCCGGAACGCCAGAAACCCUUCAGAUGAUCAGCCUUCACAUCGCUCUCCAAAGCAAGUCUCAGGGCGACAUCCAGACUAAUGAAGGUGACAGUGAUGAUACAGACUUGCAGAUCUUUUGUGUAUCCUGUGGCCAUCCCAUUAAUCCCAAGGUUGCUUUAAGGCACAUGGAGAGAUGCUAUGCUAAGUAUGAGAGUCAAACAUCCUUUGGCUCUAUGUACCCAACUAGAAUUGAAGGAGCCACUCGCCUUUUCUGUGAUGUUUAUAACACUCAGAGUAAGACAUAUUGCAAGCGAUUGCAGGUCCUGUGUCCUGAACAUUCCCGUGACCCCAAGGUUCCUGCAGAUGAGGUGUGUGGCUGUCCCAUGGUAAAGGAUGUGUUUGAUCUGACUGGUGACUUUUGUCGUGUCCCAAAGAGGAAGUGUAACCGGCAUUACUGUUGGGAGAAGCUGCGGAGGGCAGAGGUGGACCUGGAGAGAGUACGUGUGUGGUACAAGUUGGACGAGUUGUUUGAACAAGAACGCAAUGUCCGUAUGGCUAUGACUAAUCGGGCUGGCCUUCUUGCGCUCAUGCUGCACCAGACCAUUCAGCAUGAUCCAGUUACAACGGACUUGCGCACACAAACAGAACGCUGAAAGGUGGGGCUGCCAGUGAUAGGAAACCCGAUGUUGGAGAAAAAAAAGGAAAUAGUAUACUGAAGUUUAAUCUUUUAUAUCACUUGUCAAAAUAUGGAUUUUCUUAAUAAAUCUGUUUCUGUCUUUGUCUUUUA